AUGGCAGCACGAUCGAAUGUUCCCAAAUUUGGAAACUGGGAAGGUGAAGAGAAUGUUCCAUACACAGCUUACUUUGACAAAGCUCGUAAAGUUCGAGCUCCAGGAGGAGGCAGAACAACGAACCCGAACGACCCCGAAUAUUACUCUGAUUCGCAGUCUCAAGCUCCUCCUCCUCCUCCUCCAUCUUCAAGAACCAAACCUGAGCAAGAAAAACCGGUAAGAAGAUCACGUGAGCAGAUGAGAAGCAGAGAAGAGAGCGAGUUGAAGCAGUUUGGUGAUGGUGGCUCAUCAAAUGAAGGUGGUAACAGAAGACAAGGAAGGUCUUCUCAGAACAACAGUUACGAUAAGUCUCCAUUGCAUAAGAACUCGUAUGAUGGUACUGGAAGAUCCAAGCCUAAACCAAACCUUAGAGGAGCUGAUGAAAGUCCGGAGAAAGUGACGGUGGUGCCGAAAUUCGGCGAUUGGGACGAGAAUAAUCCGUCGUCAGCUGAUGGAUACACACACAUUUUCAACAAGGUUCGUGAAGAGAGAAGUUCUGGAGCAAAUGUGACCGGAUCUUCGAGAACUCCGACACAUCCAAGCCCUCGUAGUAACCCUUCUUCCAACACUUCCAAAUGUUGCUGCUUUGGCUUUGGAGGGAAAUGA